AACCCAAAAGGGCCAAAAGCUCUUUCUCCUCUCUUUUCAGUUUUCACCAUCAUCUUCUUCUUCACCUUUAAAUAUCACUAUCUCACCCCACUAACCACACCAAAAAAAUUACACUUUUGGCCUCACAGAAUCUCUCUCCUUAAAAGUUCUUUCAAGGAACAAGCACAAUGGGAGCUGGUGGCCGAAUGCCCGAGUCGAACACCAAGUUAUUAGAAGGUAGAAAAAAGAGCCCAAUUGAGCGAGUGCCACACGCCACACCACCAUUCACACUAAGCCAAAUCAAGAAAGCCAUUCCACCCCAUUGCUUCAAGCGCUCUCUUCUCCGCUCCUUCUCUUAUGUCCUUCGCGACCUCUUCUUCGCCACCUUGUUCUGCUACGUAGCCACCUCUUACUUCCACCUUCUCCCCCACCCACUCUCCUACUUGGCCUGGCCCCUUUACUGGAUCUUCCAAGGCUGCACUGUGUUCGCUUUUGGGCUCAUCGGCCACGAUUGUGGUCACCACGCCUUUAGUGACCGCAAAUGGGUGGAUGACACGGUUGGUUUCGUCAUCCACUCCACUAUUCUUCUCCCAUACUUCUCGUUUAAGUACAGUCACCGCCGCCACCACUCGAACACCGGCUCCAUCGAGCACGACGAAGCGUUUGUUCCAAAGACGAAAACCCAAAUGCCGUGGUUCUCAAAAUACUUGAACAAUCCACUUGGGAGAGUCCUGACCAUUGGUUUUAUACUGACCACUGGUUUUCCUCUGUACUUGGCUUGUAAUAUAUUAGGCAGACCAUAUGACCGUUUCGCUUGUCAUUAUGAUCCUUACUCUCCAAUCUACUCCAACAGCGAAAGACUUCAGAUAUUCAUCUCUGAUGUAGGAGUUUUCAUCACCACUUUCGUGUUGUACAAACUCGUUUUAGCCAAAGGGUUGAGUUGGGUUAUGUGCGUGUAUGGGGUGCCAUUGCUGGUAGUGAGUGGGCUCCUUGUUUUGACCACUUACUUGCAGCACACUCACCCUGCGCUGCCGCACUAUGACUCGUCCGAGUGGGACUGGUUGAGAGGAGCAUUGUCUACGGUUGACCGAGACUAUGGAGUUCUCAAUAGGGUUUUUCAUAACCUUACAAACACUCAUGUGGUGCACCAUUUAUUCCCCACAAUACCACAUUACAAUGCAGUGGAAGCAACCAAAGCUGUGAAGUCAGUAUUGGGAGAGUACUACCAUUUUGAUGAGACCCCAAUAAUUAGGGCUGUGUGGAGAGAGGCCAAGGAGUGUAUCUAUGUUGAGUCAGAUGAUGAGUCUACUAAAACAGGUGUUUUUUGGUAUAAGAACAAGCUUUGAUCAAAUCAACUGUGGUAGGAGAAUUAGUGUUGGUGUUGGUGUUCAUCUCUGCUCUGAUGUGAAUGUGUGUAAUAUGUUUAAGAUGAGAAUAAGACUCUUCUCUCUUUGAAAAUGGAGAGUAGUGCUAGUGGGUAUGCUUAGGUGUUGAUUUGAUGUGUCUUUUGCCAUGUAAUGAACCUUGUUUUAGUUUAAAUUUGUGUUAAGCGUUUCUGUUUUUGGAGCAUCUACAAUGACUA